AACUUCUCAAGAAACCUUACUCUGUUUCUUCAAGCCGAGUUGUUUGUUUCCCUUCUUCGGAGGAAGACGACUCUGAACGGCAUCUGUUGUGGAUGUCACAAUUGUUGGAACUUGACCCUUCACCUAUUCCUACUCAGAGGGAGAAAAAUUCUGGAAUUCCUUUGCAAUCGUGAGAAUUUGACACGGGGAAGACGGUCUUCAGGAUUUCUGGAGUCGUGUCCACCAUGUUCCUGGAGGUUCUUUAGGCACCUGUGAAGGUCUCCCCGUCCCCCUUAGAUCUUGGUCGGGGCAUAGUCCCUCCUAUAAAACUCCAAUCUAAUGCGAUUGGCUAAAAGCUGGAAUUUCGGGGUUGGACCAGAGAAAGGAGGGAUGUCAUCGGAGAUCAAGGGGGUAUUUUUGGGGGGUGCCUGGUUCCCUCCCCUCAUUGGCCCCCAAGCCAAGGCCACCAGCUUAUAAAAGUUGGGAGAGACGGAUUCAUGUUCUCCAAAGACGCAGUGAAGUUCAAGACCGAAGCUGCCUGAGAGAAGAAAAGACCCUUGAAAAGUUGGCUUCCAUCCCUUGAAGACUACCGAGACCAUCUCACACACAUUAAACCCCCUUCGCUUUUGGCAACCCAUUUUCCACAGCUUUUCCUAGGCCUGUCUGGGCCUUCUAGAUGGCUCCUACUGAUCCCCUCCAUGUGACUACACCACUGAGAGAAAGCAUCCCUCUUUCUAAGUUGGCCGGCACCAAGGUCUACCUCAAACUGGAGUGCGCCCAACCCACAGCUUCUUUUAAGAUACGGGGCAUUGGGAAUUUCUGCAAAACGUGGGUGGAACGAGGGUGCAAGCACUUGGUCACUUCCUCAGGUGGAAAUGCUGGCCUUGCGGUGGCCUAUUCUGCCCGAAAAUUGGGGAUCCCAGCCACCAUCUACGUCCCCUCCUGUACCCCAGCUUUCACUAUUGAGCGACUGAAGGAAGAAGGCAGCUCAGUGUAUGUUGAAGGAGAGAUAUUAGCAGACAGCACAAAAGCAGCUAAAGAGUUGGUGAAGAACAAUCCUGAGUGGGUUUAUGUGCCUCCGUUUGAUGAUCCCUUGAUUUGGGAAGGUCACAUGUCUCUGGUCAGGGAGAUGAAAGAGCAGAUGGCCUCCAAGCCUGGAGCCAUUGCCCUCUCUGUUGGAGGAGGGGGCAUGCUAUGUGGAGUGAUUCAAGGCCUACGAGAAGUGGGCUGGGAGGAUGUGCCGGUGGUUGCCUUGGAAACCAAAGGAGCUCACAGCCUGAAUGCUGCCUUGGAAGCCGGGAAGCUGGUGACACUUCCUCAAAUUACCAGUGUCGCUACAACUCUGGGGGUGAGCAUUGUGGCAGCAGAGACUCUGAAGCUGGCUCAGGAGCACCCAACUUUCUCAGUAGUGGUCACGGAUCAAGAGGCAGUAGAAGCUAUUGAAAAGUUUGUGGAUGAUGAGAAGAUCCUCGUGGAGCCCGCUUGUGGAGCUGCCUUGGCCAUUGUCUACAGCGGAAGGGUCCAAAAUCUCCAGGCAGAAGGCAAGCUGACUCCCCAGCUGGAGUCUCUCGUGGUGAUUGUGUGUGGAGGAAACAACAUCACACUGGCCCAGUUAAAGCAUCUCAAGGCCCAACUGGGCCUCUCGAAAGAUGAGGAGCCGUGGGAUGAUGACGUAGAAGAGAGCCACAUCGCGAUGGCCGUGUGGUCUUCACAAAAGAAAGGUGGCCAUUUCCGGGCUUCGUUCCAGACUCACCGUCAACCCUACACUUAUUAAAACGCCGUUGCCUCA